UUAUACUUUGACUUCUUUCCUGGCAUCUCUUCCGCUGAGAGCUCCCGUCAGAUCCAGCACGUGCGGAGCGACACGCGGCCACGCCCCCUCGCGGCUCGUCCCGUCACGUGAAUGGGUGAGGGAGGGGGGCACGUGUUGUGCCACGAGUGUCCUCAAGACGCACUGCAACACGCGCACGGUACAUUUCAACUCUUUUUUUGCGUGUGCGAGCGCUUGCAACUGAGCCGCCGGUCGGUUUUCUUGCAACAUUGUAAACAUAACUCGUGUCUUUUCCGAAUGGCGGGACGUCCGCAUUAAACUUGAUUGACCUAACCUUUUUUUUCUCCAAAUCUUUUUUGGACAGAUUUUUUUUACAAACAUGUCAGUAGUUCAAACUCGAUGAAAAGAACAACAAACAAAUGAAUACAUGGAAAAAAGUACUUUGGUACUAAAUGAGGCAGUGCCGUGUCCGUAUGACAGAAUAAUCAGCCAAUGAGCUUCUACUAUGCUACAAAUGGGCGCGGCUUGUUCCUCAUGAAUAUCCAACACGCGCUCUGUAUGGGCACGGACAACACAAAGGGGAGCAGUGGAGUUCCGCAUCUCCGUGUUCUAUCGUCGACAGGCGGACUUAAACAUCGCAGAAGUUGGAAGGUGACCCAGAGUGCAGUUACUUUUUCAAUUUUAAUCUUAUUAAAUCUUACGGCGAACAAUGCCCGGUAAAGCAGCGGUGACUGUCACGCUUCAUCCCGACGCAACCGUCGACCCAGCGGCGAAGCACAAGUCUUUCCCGUUUGUUAUAAAGAAGAUUAUGGACAUCCCCCCACCCAACAUUCUGGAGGAAGGUGACGAUGAGCUCGAAAAGGAGAAGCUGGGCUCAGCUGACGAUGUGGAGGUGGGCGGGGUUGCUGCAGCCAGUGCUGGUGCGGCUUCUAGGGGGGGCGGUGGGGGCAGCGCCGGAGUGGUGUCAGCCUCCUUGACCCCAGCCAUUUGGGAGAAGACCAUUCCCUACGAUGGGGAGACCUUCCAUCUGGAGUACAUGGACCUGGACGAGUUCCUGCUGGAGAACGGGAUCCCCGCAAGCCUGGAGGACGAAGAGCUGCAGAAGACGCUGACUCCGGACGGAGGGAAAGGCAAGAGCACCCUCAAGGUUAGGGCCAAAGCCAGCGCCACCACGACGUCGGUGUCCACGUCUCCUCUGCGUGCCCCCGACACCUCCACGGUCAGCUCGGAUCCGGAGGAAGCGGUGACUGUCACCACGCUGCUGCCCGCCAAAUUGGAGGACGACGACGACGAUGACGAUGAAGAGGAUCGAGAGGAGGAAUCUUUGCCACGCGAGACAAAAGCUGCAGAAGCUGUGGAAGUGAAGAAAGACAAUCAUGCUACCCGAGAGCGUAACACGCCGUCUCCCAUCAACCCGGACGACAUCGAGGUGGAUGUAAACUUUCAGCCAGAUCCCACCGACCUGGUCUUGUCCAGUGUGCCAGGGGGAGAACUGUUCAACCCGCGCAAACACAAGUUCUCCGAUGAGGACCUCAAGCCGCAGCCCAUGAUCAAGAAAGCCAAGAAAGUGUUUGUUCCCAACGAGCAGAAAGAUGACAAAUAUUGGUCCAGGAGGAAGAAGAAUAACCUGGCGGCCAAACGUUCCCGUGACGCCCGCCGUCUCAAAGAAAACCAGAUCACAGUGCGCGCCUCUUUCCUGGAGCGGGAAAACGCAGUGCUGCGACAGCAAGUGGCAGAGAUGCGGAAAGACUGCGGUCGCUGCAAGAACAUCGUGGCCCGCUAUGAGGCCAAGUACGGGCCGCUGUAGAGACCUGGUAAAAAUGCACCAAGUAUCAAUCUGACAAAAGCAGAACUUCCUACCCCGCAGAAUUCAACACAGACACAAACACACGAGGGAAAUCGAUACAUUUGCACACUUGCUGACCUCCGGUCGCCGUGUCGAGCUCCGGUCGCGGGUCCGAGCCUGGCGCUGGAGUGGCGGCUGCACACCGGGGGCUAAGAUGGGGGAGGGGGGCGGUGGUCACAAGAAGGUCUGUGGAGAGCGCCUGGCUGCUUCACUGAGAGCAAGGCGACGACACUCCCUCGGACGUAUGGAAAGUACGGUCGUUCUUGAGAUACUUUAAAGGAUGUCAGGAAAUGCUAGGCUUACAACACAGAAAUCAAAAAUUUUUUUUUAAGUCACUGCAUAGCACUUCUUUUAGUGGACCAAAAGCAUGAGUGCCAUCAGUUGUGUAUUUAGAACGGUGCCAACCCCCCCACACCUUCCCUUGUGUCGUGCGUACAUUUGUGUCUUUAAUUCCUUUUCAUUCUCAAGAAGGAUGUGGAAGAAGGGCGGAGUAGGAAAUCAGGGACUUGGACCUGGAAGGAGCGGAAAACAAUACCCUCAGGUGGUGGCUGCAGUGAAUCUGUUUAGUUCUUCUGUCAAGUAACACACACACACAGACACACACACACGCUAUAUGUAUAGUCAUUUGUAGUGUGUAAUCCAUUGUUGCACUUUUUCUUCGAAGACUCUCGUGGUUGCAAGUACCUUAAAAUCACUGUGGGGGAGAAACGGUAGCGUCAUAGAAAACAUGCAUAAAGUGCUCGUACUUAAUCUCGGAUGAGUUUCUGAGCCUGGUAAAAGAUUUGAUUAAAAAAUAUGUCAUUUGAGUCAAUUUUAUACACACAAACAAAAAAAAAUGCAGUUUUCUUUUAGUCGGGUUACUGUCAAAUGAAUAGGUUUGAAGGUAUUUAGGGCUCUCCUUUCGCGGAGGGGUACGUUUGCAGGGAUGUUUAUUUUACUACACUCUGCAGGUAGGGGGCGCCCGGAGCCUUCACCUGCCCUGAGAUUGCGUAGUGAUGGCUGGAUUGUUUAAAAAAAAAAAAAAUUGAGCCGUCCACAACGAUCGGUGAUUUCAAACCCUGUAAAUAAACGAUCGUCUGGAGGUCUUCUUAUCCUAAAACAGGGAAAUCCAAUGCUAUUCCUUCGAUUUGCCAAAUAGUCGAUGAGUGGUGUAUUUAUUUUGACGGUAAUAAUGCAUCCGUUGAUUGUGAUGUACAAGAAUAUGUCCGAUACUUUGUAUACAUUUGAGGACAAUGAAAACCAAUGACAAAAACAGGGAUUCCAAUGGGUUAACGGUUUGUUUUUAAAAAACAGAUUUAUAUAGUUAUGAGCGAUACUUUGUCUCCAAUAUACAGAUCCAGUGUGUGUGCGUGUGUCCAACACACAAAGGGCAGGGUAUACUCUUACCUCAUCCUCCACCUUUUUCGUUUAAAAGAGUUGGAACAGGUGACGGUCAAAGUACAGAAUACAUACAGUAAAUGCAGAAUAGAGUUCUAUUUGGCAAAAGAUCAAAUUGUAUUUGAGUUGUCAGACUGGCUGGCUGUUUUAUUAAGUACAUUACAGACUGUUACAAGACUCCGGUGUCUUCUACAGAUGCUGAUUUAUUAUUAUUUUUUUUAAAUGGUAAUUGGUGGGCUUGUGCUCCAAUUGUGGCAAUAAUAUCCUGUUAUAUAUAUAUAUAUCUAUAUGUAUUGCUUGUUUGAUUUCAGUAGUAUUGUGUGUAAAAUCACCAUGGUGUUUUUUUUUUUCUAAGAGGAAAUGCCCCAAAGUCUUCUGUGCUUCCAAUUUGAUCCUCUGUAGUCUAGGAUCCUAAUGCAUGAAACCCAGUGUAUUUUGUCUUCAAUCAAUGUAUUGACUAUUCGACACCAAGUGUACUUAUGUCUGUGAAGCAUCGGUGAAGAGCAGACAUGGCUUCUGAUGGGCGUACUAAUGCCGAGCGUCUGUAAUUACGAUGUUAUGACCCGCAUAAUAAUGCCAGCCGCCCGAGCGCAGCCCGCUUGAUUUACUCCUGGGCAAAUGUCAAACAUCUGGCGAAAAUCGCAUCUUUUGAUCACUGUGUGGAUUAUUUCCUAUCAACUGCAAAUUGAUCCAUAAAGUCGCUGGAUCAGUUGGUGCUUAAUCGUUUUUCGCGAUCGUUUCAGUUUCCAGAGGGUGACGUUUUUAACAGACAACAGUUCUCAUUUCGCAAAGUUCAUUUUGCAUUGACAUUCAACCAAAAUAUGCACUCCCGUUCACGUGUUAUUGAAGCCAGUGAGUUUUUAAAAUUGAAAUCAAAGAGGAGUACAGUACAUACUUCUGCCUCUGCGCCAAGAGAAUCUUUUCGAUCGUUUCGUGGGGUAGGUCAGUAUGUAGCAGUUUUGGAUUUAAUUUUUUUUUUUUUUUUUUAACAGAUCCACACUGUAAUCUUUACCAAAUUUCCAAAUGUUAUGUAUUAGACUGGUCCACUAAGAACACAGAGUUCCACUUCUAAAGUGUACUGCACUUGCGUCUCGUGCAAGCUCUUGUGGUUUUGUCUACUGUAUCCUAAUUUGAUGCACAUGAACUAAAUCCUAGUUUUUCCUGUUUAGUAACAUGCAUGCACAAGAUAUAUCCUCCUUCAGUGUCAAACAAAUCGCAAGCCCUAUUUAACAUUUUUUUCCCCUUUACCUGUUGGUGAUGUAAAUGUGUACAAUUUAAGGUAAUUCAGCCCUUUUUCGUUCUCAAUCGGCUUAGUUUUUCUCCACAUCACUGAAACUUGUUCGCUAUUUGAAGCAGCUACAUCUCUAUAAUAUGGAAAAAGAUUAAUAGUAUCAGGAUAUUGGAAGUUUUUUUUUCUUGGGUGUUUUGCAUUACUUUGUUUCUAUAAAAUUGAUUCUUUUGGGUGUUUUUGUAUUGUCCUAACCAUGUAUGGAUACAUGACACUGCUUGGUCCUGUAUCGUGGAUCAUGCAUAAAAAAAUAAAUGAAGUUGGAAAGACA